CGAACACUCUGGUCUGAGGGAGCGAACAAUAAGGCCAGCUCGCAAUCCAGUCUCAAACCGAACACAUCCGCAGCCAUGGCCGCCCAGCGUCCCGAGGCGCCCGCGCCUCAGAACGCGGCUGAUGACAGUGAUGGGGGCAGCCUGCGGCGCCGGCUCCCGAGGGCUGCCUGGGACUGCUUGGCAGCCCAUGUGGCGUCUCCGGAAUUUGCCCUGGUCCUACCUGCGGUGUCGAAGACCUUCUGCCGAAUCCUCGACGGAGCGCCGGCCUGGGCGCGCGUGUGGGCCGCGCUGACCGCGCGCCGGUCCACGCAUUUAGAAUUCGCCAAGUGCAAGCCGUGGAACUACCGUGAGUCGCGACCCUACACCAAGGCCGAGCUCAGGGCGAUUCAGGAGGAGAGGGCCGAGCUCAGGGCGAUUCAGGAGGAGAGGGAGGCACGCCUCGAGGAGGAAAUGCGGGCGAGAGACAGUGACGCCGGCAUGAUCGACUGGCCAGCAAGGUUGGAAGCUGCAGGCGCGGAGACGAAGCGGCGACGCGAGGCAGAGCGGCGACGCGAGGCAGAUAAUUCGUUCGGCAUGCCGGUCGGAGAGCCCUCCGUUCACGCAGGUGGCCCGUGGUUUUUUAAGGGUCCCGGCGUGAGCGAUGAGGCCACGCGCUCCAAUGCCCUGCCCCAACGCUCGAGCCCCUACCCCAACGCUCAGUGGCACAAUGACUCAGACUCGGACAGGGACUCGGAUUUGGACUUGGAGUCGGACUCGGACGUCUCGGACGCCUCGGGAUCGGGCGACGAUACUGAUUCAGACGCCGCCAAGUCGGAUGCAGGCGAGUCAGACGCCCCCAAGCCAUCCGACGCGGACGCUGACGCCCCUGUCCAUCCACGCGUCCUGCUGGCCAAAUCGCAGGAGGCGCAGUAUUGGAGGCGCCUGCGCGGCGCGCUGGAGGCGUGGGCCGCGCGCCUGCCAGCGGCCAAGGGUGCCGCCGUGCGGGACUUUGCAAUGCGUUCCUCCUGCGACGUCUUCAUCACCGCCGAGGCGGAAAGACAAGUCCUCACAAAACGGGGGAAAAAGGCCUACUUGGGUUCCAAACUCGUCUCCAUCGCAACGUUGACCGUCAACGAGGUCUUGCUGCGCGUCGUGGUGGUGCCGGAGUGCUGGUGUCAUGGCGGCUAUGAUUCGCAGCUGAGCCAGAGCUUGACUUGUUCGUUUAAGUGUCCUGGAGAGGAGUGGGUCUCGCCCAUCGACUACGAGUCUGACGAACGAUGCUUUAACAAGGCCAACGACAACCGGAGCUCCGUGGCGCGCGGCAACCUGCUCCUGGACAUGGCACGUGCGGUAGGGGUAGGGGCACUCGACGUGCCAGAACUCGUGCACCUGCUGUUUUUACUCGCGGGAACGCAUCCGGUGGUGGGGCACAUCUUUUGCGAGCCCUCUAUCAUCUCCGAUUGGAUCGCGUGCGUCGACGCGGCGCGCAGCGGCGAGCUCAAGAGCGAACGACGCAAUGUCUAUCGCCCCGAGUCGAUCGCGUAUGAACACUGGCACAAAAAGCCGGCAGAAAACCGGCCCGACCUCUCGGCGUUCGGGUCUCUGCUGAUGUUCAGCGGGUACAAUCACGGUCCUAGUGAAUACACACACUCGCGCCAGUACGCGGCGUACUACGCGCAGAGGGGCUUUGACGAUUUAUGGGAGGAGAGUGGCUUUGAGCGGCCGGUAUGUAUAUCCAGUCCCGACGACGACCGCGACCAGCCCGUUCGCAUGAGGCGGUCAGGUUAUAAGAAUCGAAACUAAAGUUAGUACCUGGCCGUCGACGCGAGCCCC